AUGUCCGCAAAGCCGAGGCCAAAGGUGGAGGAGGAGGUGUCGUCACCUCAAAGGGAUCAUCAACUCGACGAUGAAAAUUUAACGCCUGAUGAAGAGUAUCCUCACGGAAAAGACUUCGUGGCCAUUGUCACAGCGCUUCUUCUCGCUUUCAUAAUCAUCGGCUUAGAUUACACAGUGCUGGCGACGGCAGUACCAACAAUGACAAAACACUUCGGCACCAUCGAAGACAUCGGUUGGUACACUUCGGUCUAUCGAUUAGCCGCUAGCUCAUUUCAAUUUCUGUUCGGGAGGUUGUAUAGCUUGUUCCCUGUGAAAAGGAUCUUGUUGAUUACCUUGGUCCUCUUCGCUGGGGGUGUUUUGGCAUGUGCCCUGGCACCGACAUCGCCUUUCUUCAUUAUGGGAAGAGGUGUCACAGGCUUCGCCGCCGCCGGCGUCAUUGCUGGCGCGUUUUCCAUGAUCAUACGAAGCUUUCCUUUGUCGAAACGAUCCAUCUACGCCGGUAUCGGUGGCGCCGCUGAGGCUACUGCCUGUUUAACAGCCCCUCUUCUAGGCGGCUUCCUCACUGAUCGCCUAUCAUGGAGGUGGUGCUUCUAUGUCGAGUUGCCACUAAUCGGGGCAGCCUUCAUAAUCGUGGCCUUUUUCUUCAACCCUAAAAAAGAUCCGAGCUCGCCUUCGAAAUUUGGCGAAAAGCUUGCGCAACUAGAUCUGCUUGGUAUGACUUUUUUCGUUCCGUCCAUCACGUUUCUCAUGCUUGGCUUGCAAUGGGGUGGCACCAAGUAUGGUUGGCAAGACUGGCGUAUUAUCGCAAUCUUCUGCGUCUUUGCGGUGCUGCUCCUCUUGUUUGGUUGGCUUCAAUAUCGGAAGCAAGACCGUGCGACACUGCCGCCCCGCAUCGUGUCUCAGAGGAACAUCAUAUUUGGCUUCAUAUUCAGCUGUUGCAAUAACGCUGCGUUAUCGGUCAUCGAAUACUAUAUGCCUAUUUAUUUCCAGGCGGUGAGAGGUUUGUCGGCGUCGAUGUCUGGGGUCAUGGUUCUCCCGGUCGUUGCGGGGUUGGUUCUGUCUGUCUUCUCUUCAGGCGUGCUGACAUCACGCUUGGGGUUCUACACUCCCUUCAUGCUGUCAACCAGUGUUAUAACGCCUCCGGCUGUAGGGCUAAUGACCACUCUGGGCGUGGACGCGACACUCGCCAGUCUCAUCGGCUACCAGGCGCUUCUGGGAUUCGGAGUCGGAAUCGGGUUUCAGGGCCCACAGGUGGCCGUCCAGACGAUUCUGCCUGAGAAGGACGCACCAGUUGGCAUCGCCGUCAUCCAGUUUGCCCAGGGCAUCGGACCUGCGGUGUUUGUGGCGGCUGCGCAGACCUUGUUCACACAAAGGCUCGCUCAUAACAUCAAACAUUUCGUUCCAGAGGUGGACUACACGUCCUUGAGUCGCGACGGCCUGGUUAACUUGAGUUCAUACGUCAAGGCACCGUACCUUGCCGGGGCCAUUCGGAGCGUCAGCACAGCUGUGAUGCAAACAUUCUACCUCCCAGUUGCUCUGUCAUGCAUGACCCUUGUAGGCGCUCUGGGGAUGGAAUGGCGAUCCGUCAAGAAGAAGCACGCAUGA